GCCCCCCGCUCCCCCGCUGGCCGCGCCGAUGGCGGCGCCCCAGCCUGUCGUCCCCAUGCCUCCAGUGACUGUGCCCGCUGCGUCCGCGACACCUGCCGAGCCCGAGUACGCGUGCGAGACGCUCUACAUCCAGAAUCUCAACGAGAAGAUCAAGGUCGACAUCAUGAAGCAGACCCUUCGCACAUUGUUCAAGACGUACGGCGAGGUUCUGGACGUUGUAGCCCAUCGUAAUCUUCGGAUGCGCGGGCAGGCGUUCGUGUCUUUUGCGGAUGUCAACUCUGCACGGCGCGCGGCGCGCGAAGUGCGCGGUUUCCCCCUGUAUACCAAGCCCAUGCAAAUAUCAUUCGCGCGUACGCGGUCCGAUGCAGUUGUCAAGAAGUUGGACGAGUCUCAAUUCGACGAUCACAAGAAGAGGAGGGAGGAGCAUAAGCGCAAGACGCGAUACACGAACCCCCUCAAGCAGAAGCUCAAAGCCAAGCGGUUGGCAUUGGCCAGCGACGGCGUGUCCCAUCUCCCGGCAACGCGGCGGCCGAACGUCCUCAUGCCGGACGAGUACCUGCCUCCCAACAAGAUCCUCUUCUUGCAAAACCUGCCCGAGACGGUAUCAAAAGACCAGCUUACGGCCUUGUUCUCCCAAUACCCCAACCUCCACGAAGUGCGCAUGGUGCCGACGAAGAAGGAUAUCGCCUUCGUCGAGUACUACGACGAGGCGUCGGCAACGAACGCGAAGGACGCGCUGCACAACUACAAGAUGGAUGGCGAGAACAAGAUCAAGAUCACGUACGCCAGGAAAUGAUCCUGGCAAUGACCUCUUUACGCUGUACGGCUUGUUGUAUCAUAAUGUUUGUUCAACCUCUUGCACGAUGCUGCUUGCGCGCCUGCCCCUUCUC